AUCAUGAGUAGAACCAAAUGGCUGUUUUAUCAAAAAUGAAUGAAAGUUUUGCUGUUGAAGAAGCAGCUUCCGCCGGUUUGAAAUCAAUGGAGAAUUUAAUCCGAUUGGUUUCUCAUGAACCGGUUCAGGCUGAUUGCCGUGAAAUGGCUGAUUUUACGGUUUCGAAGUUCAAAAAGGUGAUUUCAAUUUUGGACCGGACCGGUCAUGCUCGGUUCCGGCGAGGACCGGUUCAGGCUCAGGCUCCGGCUCCGGUUCAGGUUAGAGCUCCGGUUCGUGGUCCGGUUUAUCCUGAUUCGUUUACUUCGUUGUCUCUUGCUCCGUCGUUAAGCUUUGCUACGGCGAAGGAGAGACUUGCUCCGUCGUUAAGCUUUGCUUCGGCGAAGGAGAGACCGGUGGUGCAGGUGCAGACGGCGUUGACGCUUGACUUUUCGAAGCUGAAUGUUAACCGUCCGAUCGGGAAUUCAAGUGCUUUUACUGCUUUUACUGUGAAAUCUAAGGAGGUUUUAAUGGCGGAUCCGACGCCGACGAACUCGUCGUCGUUUAUGUCGACGAUUACCGGCGAAGCAACUGUAUCUAAUGGUAAGCAAGUUUCUUCUUCUAUGUUGUUGCUUCCGCCACAGGCUGUGAAUUUUCCGACCACCGGAAAACGUUGCCGCGAGCAUGAACAAUCUGAUGCUAUCUCCGGCAGCAAAUCCACCGGCUCCGGCAAGUGUCACUGCAAAAAGAGGAAAGCUAAGGAUCGGAAAGUGAUUAGGAUUCCGGCGAUAAGUACGAGGGUGGCUGAUAUACCGGGAGACGAGUUUUCAUGGAGGAAAUACGGGCAAAAGCCGAUCAAGGGUUCAAAAUACCCAAGGGGUUAUUACAAGUGUAGCAGCUUACGUGGAUGUCCAGCAAGGAAACACGUGGAGCGCGCGAUGGACGAUCCAACGAUGCUGAUUGUGACUUAUGAAGAUGAACAUUGUCAUAAUCCAGUUGCUGCGAUGCAUGGGAACAGUUCUCAAAUGGUGAAUUUUGGGUUAAUGGAAAAGAAGUAGGGGGUGAAAUGAAGAUAGAGGAGAGUUGUAGGGUGAUUUUGUAGUUUGGAAUAGUUGGGGGGUUGAAGUUAUAUUUGGGAAAAGUUAUAAGGGUUAAAAGAGUAGAGAGUAGGAAGUUGUGGGAAUUGGUUUGUUAUGUAAAUUUGGAAAGAUUUUAGGGGUUGAAAGAGAAAAAAAAAGAAAAGUUUCGCAA